AUGUUCGGAGCAAGAUUGUUUACGGGUGAAGCCGGGGACGAGGAGUGCGGAAGAUCGAAGAAGCUCUCCGACCAGGAGGAACAGCGAUCAGAACGAAAGAAGUGGAUCCACUGCUUCGAGAACGUCGCAGCCAUCAUCUUCCUCGUCACCAUCUCCGAAUACGACCAGUUACUGUACGAGGAUUUGCGACCAAUGGCGCGUGUGCUGUUGACCUUCCUGCGUCUCUAUCCCAUCCACGCGUAUCACAUCACCUCGACAGCACUGCCACGCAUGCUCAUCCUCUCGCUUCAGCUCGACACUUCCACCACCUGCGUCUCGCUCGGUGUCACGGCAUUGAUCAUGCUCAUCCCUCACAUUCCCAAUUAG